AAAGUCGGCUCUAGGUUUUUUUGUAGCCGAUUGUGGAAGAAAACAGAAUGUGCAGCAAACCCACAAAGCUAGCUUUGCGUUUUGGAGCCGGCUUUACGGAGAAAACAAAAUGUGCAGAAUCCCACAAAGCUGGCUACAGAAAUGAUUUGAAGAAGUGUAGAGAACAUUGUAUUGAAUAUCUUUACCUACCUACUUGAGCUUUAACUUGAGUUUUUGAUCUUUGAGUGAUCUUUGCUUGUAAUCCUCUUCUUGUUCUAUUAGUGUAUGUUCUUAGGGGUGUGAUUAUUCCUUCAAGAGUGAUCUAUUGAGAGGAUUCGUGGGUUUUACAUUGUAAAGGGGUAAGGUUUAAGAGAAAUACUCAUCUUUUUAUAAAAAGAUUGAGUGGCU